AUGUACGUGGGGCUAUGGCUUGAUGCAAACGUGCCAAGAGAGGCUUACUAUACGCGAGCAUGCAAGGGAGGCUUAUCGCACGUAGGCAAGUGCGAUGGGAGGUUGGACAAGGCGAGUCGUGUGCUAGGGCAUGGGUUGAUAGAGAGUGCCACUAGCGUGGUAUGUUGGGAGAAGCGAGGCUACUUCAUGUUAGGGCGUGGGGUCGGUGGAGGCGCUAUUGGCAUGGACGAGUGCCGCUAG